UAUACGAGUAAGAUAUUGUUUACCUUGAGUUUUAUUUUAUAAAAUAGAAAAGUUUCGUGAUGUAGUGAACAGUCACAACCGUCAGACAAGGACUUUUAUAUCUGUAUCGAACUAAUAUAUUUUAUAUUUUUAUAUAGUUAGAGUUUGAAUUAUGUUAAUAAGAGAAAUGUCUUCAUUCACAUCUACAGAAUUAACAAUUUCUCGAGAAGAUUUGGAUACCUCGAAAAUAAAUAUUAAUUCAAACAGUAAUCAACUUAUUAUAGAAAAUAAUUCUCCAGAUGUAACCAUUUCUAAAUGUGAUCCACCAACUUCUGUUACAAUGAAAACUCAAGUUUUACCUUUAGUUUAUAUACAAAAUAAUUCGAAAACGUCGUUUUCUUCUGUUAAUAAAUCAAAUAGUAACGUAAUUGUGAAUAAUUUUCAAUUAGCAACAGUAGAUCAUAAUGGGAGCAAAAGUAGUUCAAAUGUAACUACAUCGAUUAGUUUAACAACAAAUCCUAACGUAAUUUUUACUACAAAUAGACAAACUCCUUUAGUUAUACAUAAACCUCAAGGAAAUAUGGUGCCUUUAGUUCCGGUUACAGUUUCGGGUGGAACAAAAAUCGCUGGGGUUUUUACAAUGUUAAAACCGUCAAAUAAACUAAACGAAACUAAUACUAUAUUAAAUAAUAACAACGUAAAUACGUUUAUACAAUCGCAAAAUCAACAACAAAAAUUCCUAUUCGCUCCAAUGCCUAAAUUAACAACAAACAGACUUGCUACAACAACUACAAGCACCGUUCAACCAAAAUUAGCCAUAUUACCGAUGCCCGUACCAAUAUCAGAACCAGUUGUUACCCAACCGAAAGUUUACAACAAUUUUAAAAUAAGCGAUGGUCAAAUACAAGUGGAACCAUCGAUGGUAAUGUGUAAUAGUGAAAAUAGUGUAGACGGGGAUAGUAAUAGUGAAGAAAAAUUAGUGUGUGAUGAAGUAAUCGAUUUGGAUAGCCCGGAAAAAAACGAUCUGACUAACAAAACUUACGAAUUGAGUAUUACCGAAGAUUCGGUUGGGUCCCAAAGUGAAAUAAGAACUUCUGUGAUACUAAAUAAAUUACCGACGAAGUUUCCCAAGCACGGAGUAUCGAUAUUAAAAAAGAAUUACAAUUAUUUAGAUCGUAAAACGGACAAAACUAGUAAUUUAUUAGUUAGUAAUAAUAACGCAGGUUUAAUUUCAGAUAAUAAAGAAACGAAUAUUGAUAGCGAAGUCGAUAAUAGCGUGGUUAUAAGUAUACCAGCUCCUCAGAAACCACAGGAAAAGGAACGUAGAAGAAAAUCGACGUUGACUUGCAUUAAAGGUUACGAUGAAAUGGAAGUAACUUCGACGGAUGGUUAUGGUAAUGAAAUAAUAAGUAAACCAUCUUCCAUCGAAAUAACAAAGGAGGAAUCGAAGAAAAAUUUAACGAGCGAAGUGGAAAUCGAAUUAAUAAAAGAAAAACCUUUUUUGAAAUUGGAAGAUUGCGAUUUACAGAAAGUUUUGACUUGGGACGACGGUAUUGGUACUUUACCAGGUUCCGAAAUCAAAUUUAUAUUAAACGAAUUCAAUUUAAUCGAAUAUAUAACCGAAUCGGAAUACAAAGCGAUCAUUGAUAAGAGAAUGGCCAAAGCUAAAGAAAAAAUGAAGACUGAUUAUCAUCAAGAGGAGAUGCGUUGUUUGGAAUGCGGUUGUUAUGGUCUGUCUUCAGAUUUCAUAAAUCCUAAAUUUUGCAGCUACGAUUGUAGGGAUAAUUAUCAAAACAAAUUGACGAAGAAGGAAAAAGCGGAUAAGUUCAAAAAGAAAAAGAAAAAAACGAAAACGGAAACGGAUAUAAUUAAAUUAGAAGACGAAAGCGAAGAGGAUUCCAUGGAUAACAACGUUUCCCAGGAUAAGUUCAUGUCGUAUCCUUGGGCGUGUAAAAAGAAAGGUUUUUCUUGGUCGAAAUAUUUGGAGCACGUCAAAGCCAAACCGGCGCCCGUCAAAUUAUUCAAAGAUCCAUUUCCUUAUACGAGAAACGGUUUCAGACCGGGAAUGAAACUCGAAGGAGUCGAUCCUCAACACCCUUCUUAUUUUUGUGUUCUUACCGUUGCAGAAGUUGUCGGUUACAGGAUUAGGUUACAUUUCGACGGCUAUCCUGAUAAUUAUGAUUUUUGGUGUAACGCCGAUAGUAUGGAUAUUUUCCCUAUGGGCUGGUGCGAAAAGUAUGGACACGUGCUGCAACCUCCUUCCGGAUAUACGGUCGAUAAUUUCAAUUGGUUCCAGUAUUUGAAAUAUACGAAAAGUACUGCGGCUCCCAAACAUCUUUUCGCCAAUAGGGCCGGACAGGCCAUUUGUCCGAACGGAUUUAGAGUGGGAAUGAAGCUCGAGGCAGUCGAUAGGAAAAAUACAUCACUAGUAUGUGUAGCUACAAUCAGAGACAUGAUGGAUAAUAGAAUUUUAGUGCAUUUCGAUAGUUGGGACGACAUCUACGAUUAUUGGGCGGAUCCUACGUCUCCUUAUAUCCAUCCUGUCGGUUGGUGUGAUCAAUAUGGGCACAACUUGACACCUCCUAAUGAUUACCCGAAUCCGGAGUCGUUUUCUUGGGAAACUUACUUGAAGGAAAGCAAAGCUGUAGCUGCACCGGUGAGGGCGUUCAAACAACGACCCGCUUGCGGUUUUAAGAGAGGCAUGCGCCUCGAAAGCGUCGACCGACGCGUACCCCAAUUAAUCAGGGUGGCUACAGUCGACGACGUCAAAGAACAUCAAAUUAGGAUACAUUUUGACGGCUGGCCGGAUCGUUACAGCUAUUGGGUGGAUGACGAUAGUCCAGACAUACACCCGAUGGGUUGGUGUCAAAAAACCGGGCAUCCCAUAGAACCUCCUCUAACUCCCGAUGACGUGUACGAUUUUCUGGAAUGCCCGACUGUCGGUUGUAGGGGACAAGGGCAUAUAAAGGGACCGAAAUUCGCGGUUCAUUCCACUCCAAAAUAUUGUCCUUAUUCGGAUGAAAAUUUGGAUAUCGAAAAAAUCGUACCCGAUAGAUUGCUCAGUCCGGAUAAGAGUCCGGCGGCGGUCGUGCCCGUUUCCAGGGAACCGAAAGAGUGUAAAAUUAAACCUCGUCCGGGUCGCCCUCCAAAACACCCUCGACCCGAACCGAAACCAGCGUCCGAAGACGAAGUAGAAGAAGAAGAGGAGGAAGAAGAAGAAGAAGCAGAACCGCCCGAAAAGAAACCGACGAAGGAAACGCCGAAACUGGUGAAAAAAGAAUUGGACGUGAAAAGUGUGGAGCAGAGCGCGCGCGAAUUCAUCGAAAGGGCGAACAUCGUUCCGGCCGAACGGAAAUCUUGGGCGAAACAUUCGGAAUUUUUGCAAAAAUACAUAAAAACCGAUUUCGAUCCCCGAUUGUGGUCGAACAGAGAAGUCGUGAGUUUCGUGUCGAAUAUACCGGGUUGUAAUAAAAUAAGUGAGGUGUUCCGAAGGGAGGACAUCGACGGCGAGGCGUUGUUAUUGUUGAGCCAAAAGGACAUUUUAACUAUAUUGAAAAUAAAAGUCGGUCCGGCACUGAAAUUGUACAACAGUAUACUUUUAUUAAGGCAGCAAGUGUUUAAAAAACUGUUUUCGUGAAAAUUUUUUUUUUUUCUUUAUUAUUCAUCGUUUUGUUCAUAUUGUUUGAUUUAUUGUACAUAUAUACAUAUAAAUAUAUACAUAUAUUUACGAAUUUUAUUCACGAAUAAUAAAUAUUUUCAUUUUUUUA